AUGGCCGCGCGUCUGCUCCGCCGCUCGCUGCGCGUCCUGGGCGGCCGCUGUGCGCCCCGCUCGCCGCCCGCCGCCAGAUACUCUCAUUCUGGAGAAGCACGUCUAGAGACUUGUUCUGCUAAAAAGUUUACAGAUAUCGGAAUUAGAAGAAUCUUUUCUUCAGAGCAUGACAUUUUCCGGGAAAGUGUAAGGAAGUUCUUUCAAGAAGAAGUGGUUCCUCAUCACUCAGAGUGGGAGAAAGCUGGAGAAGUGAGCAGAGAAGUUUGGGAAAAAGCUGGCAAGCAAGGCCUGCUCGGUGUGAACAUCGCAGAGAAGCAUGGUGGCAUUGGUGGAGACCUCUUCUCCACUGCGGUGGUUUGGGAAGAGCAAGCAUACUGCAAUUGUACAGGUCCAGGUUUCAGUCUUCAUUCAGACAUUGUUAUGCCUUAUAUUGCAAAUUAUGGCUCAAAAGAACAGAUCCAGCACUUCAUCCCCCAGAUGACGGCAGGCAAGUGUAUUGGUGCCAUAGCAAUGACAGAGCCUGGGGCUGGAAGUGACUUACAAGGAGUAAGAACAAAUGCCAAGAAGGAUGGGAGUGAUUGGAUUCUCAAUGGAAGCAAGGUGUUCAUCACUAAUGGUUGGUUAAGUGAUGUGGUGAUCGUAGUUGCCGUUACAAAUCGUGAGGCUCGCUCCCCUGCCCAUGGCAUUAGCCUUUUUCUGGUGGAAAAUGGAAUGAAAGGAUUUAUCAAGGGACGGAAGCUACAUAAAAUGGGAUUAAAAGCCCAGGACACUGCAGAGCUGUUCUUUGAGGAUGUCCGGUUGCCAGCCAGCGCCCUUCUUGGAGAAGAGAAUAAAGGCUUCUACUACCUCAUGCAAGAGCUGCCACAGGAAAGACUGUUAAUUGCUGAUUUGGCAAUUUCUGCCUGUGAAUUUAUGUUUGAAGAAACCAGGAAUUAUGUCAAGCAAAGAAAAGCUUUUGGAAAAACAGUGGCACACAUCCAGACAGUGCAGCAUAAACUAGCAGAAUUAAAAACACACAUAUGUGUAACCCGAGCUUUUGUGGACAGCUGUCUGCAGCUGCAUGAAGCAAAACGUCUGGACUCUGCCGCGGCUUCCAUGGCGAAAUACUGGGCAUCUGAUUUACAAAACACAGUUGCUUAUGACUGUGUCCAGCUCCAUGGAGGCUGGGGAUACAUGUGGGAGUACCCGAUUGCAAAAGCUUAUGUGGACGCCCGAGUUCAGCCAAUCUAUGGUGGUACCAAUGAAAUAAUGAGAGAGCUGAUUGCAAGAGACAUCGUCCGUGACAAGUAGACAUCUGCCCACAUCCUGGAAUCCUAUUACAACUAAUCUGAUUUCAGAUCUACUCAAGAUUAAAUGUAGCUUGGAAAUCAGGGAAACACUAAAGGUGUUUUUAUGUGUGUUAUCAUAAAGAAAUCAAAUAUAAAUAUGAAUAACACAGUAGAAAGAGAAAACUUUGAACACAGGGUGUCCAGAAUGAUCCAAGAGGUUGAACUUUUUUUUUAAUAUGGUAAAAUGUCAAGAUUUUCUGACUCCAUAAGCCUUAAUAUUUCAUUUGCCUUUCAAAUUGUAAAAAGCAUAAAUUUCCUAGACCCUCAAAAUCAUGACCAAAAUUUUAUAUUGUUGGUCUACAAAAACUCCUAUAGUACAUGGAUUUUGAAAGAAAAAUAUGUACAGCUUAAAAUGUAGUCAUUUCAACCACCUUUGAUUCUAAAUUCCAUAGAACUUUUGUUUCUGCCAUGUGACCACCAACUCCAUUGUUAUGCAUUGAAUGAAACUCCUUCAAACAGAACAUCCCAUUUUACCCUGUAUGUAUACUGACUAAGUACCAAUUAAGAAUAAAGUAAAAUCUAAAACCAAAAAA